CUGCAGCCCUCAGCACGCCGAUCUGCCCAGAAGGACGCCGAGAGCUCAUCUCCACCCCCCCCCUACUCCCGCUGCUACCCCCGGAGCCAGAGGAGGGCUGUCCCUGGGGCCGGAGGCUGUUCUCUGUGCAUUGGGAUUAUCAGACCCGGACGGUGCCUGGCUGCGGCCGUGCAUGAACCUACAGACCCCCGGGAGGCUCGCCUCCCGGGUUAGAGUUAGAAAGAAACCCGUCACUCUGUGGAGGGGUGAAACAAACCCUGUACAACCAGCAACACCAGCCCAAGCCUUCCUGCCUUCUUGCAACCAACUUCACCCCACACCCCCCAGCCGUGAGAUUUCCCUCUUUUCCUCCUCCCUCCGCUCUCCUUCCCUCGGAGGCUGCAGGAUGAGGCUCUUCCUUCUGCCUGCCUCAGGGUAAAAGCGUACCCUGGGGGCGGCACCACACAUCUGGCAGGGACUUGAAAGGUUUUAAUCCAGCCUCCGCUGCAAUCAACAAUGGCCAAUGAACCGGUGAUCCUGAAUGUCUAUGAUAUGGACUUUGAAGCAUGUUUCCAGCUGUCUGUUACCUCUCCUGAGGUCUCAGAGGUGUCUCAUUAAAGCUGAUGUUAAAGCCUAUUAAAUACAUGAAUGCAGCUUCUAAGGAUGCAUCUCAUUUAGCUCAGCAAGUGACUGACAUGUUCGCUUCAGCACAGCUUCCUCCUGAGACAGCCCGUGGGCUGUGCCAAAGUGCCGUGAAGCGUUUGCGUGUUCGGUCACACACCAGCGGCAGAUUCUGCAGCACCCUGGAGAUGGGGUACUGGAUAAAUGAAUACACCUCCACCUUGGGGAUUGGUGUCUUCCACUCUGGCAUCGAGAUCUACGGCAGAGAGUUUGCCUAUGGAGGGCAUCCCUACCCUUUCAGUGGGAUUUUCGAGAUCACACCUGGCAGUGCGGUAGAGCUUGGCGAGACCUUUAAAUUCAAAGAAUCCAUUGCCUUGGGCACCACAGACUUCACAGAAGAAGAUGUGGAUAAAAUCAUGGAAGAACUGGGCAAGGAGUACAAAGGCAAUGCAUACCAUCUGAUGCACAAGAACUGUAAUCACUUCUCUGCUGCUCUGGCUGAGAUCCUGUGCGGGAAGGAGAUCCCCCGCUGGGUGAACCGCCUGGCCUACUUCAGCUCCUGCAUCCCCUUCCUCCAGAGCUGCCUCCCCAAGGAGUGGCUGACCCCGGCAGCCCUGCAGAGCCACAUCAGCCUCGGGCUCCACAAGGAGGAGCAGGGGGACACAACGGAUGAGGAGUCCCCCUCCACCUCCGCUGCCCCCUCAGCCUCAGGCACCUCGCGAACCUGUAGACAUACCCGGGUCUAAGCUGUGCCCAGUAUGCUCUCUAAUAACGUUCUCCUCUCUUGUACUAUUUCUUCCUUGCUCACCCUUUCACACACCUUGUUUCUCUCUUUUCUUCACCUGACAACGCAGGGGAAGGAAGACCCCUGCUACCAAGGAGGAGAAGCUUCAGACCCUUUUCAAAGGGCUGCCACGACAGUUGCUUGCCAAAACGAUUGUGGACUCCAACACUGAGCUGAGAGGUGUGGCAACUAAGCUGGAUUCUCUUCCUGGGAUCCUCAUGCUCCUCGAUCCAUGGAGAACUGCUGGCUCUCUCAGGCAUGAGAGCACGCGUAGGGGCAGGGGGGCACCAUACUGUGACGUUCCUCCUCUGGAGCAGUUUUAUCUUUUUAUCUCUUCCCCCACCCACUUGAGCCCAGCAGCCUCCACUCUAUUUUGGCUGGGGUUGCCAUUCCAAAUGGCAAAUUUCCUGCCCACGCCCAGUGAAAGAGGCAGAGCCAGAACUCAACCUCAUCUCUUAGACCAGCAACAAGCUCCACUCAGCCCCAUCCCUUUUGUAAUUAUCAGGUUUCUAACUCACGUGAAGGACAAAUGAAAGGUGCUGCUGUUCUACAAACACCAGUUUUCAGUACUCAAGUUUAAGAGCUUGAAUGACAGUCCUGCUCUUGAAAAUAAUAACAAAGAGAACCUAGAAAAUGAAUGUGUUACUGUGGCUGUUCUUCGGGGUCAGAAAAAAAGAGGAUGGGGCUAGUGCUUAAAGGCAGCUGCUAAGUAGGUGCAGAGAUGACUGUUGACCAUAUUGGUGCUUUUUGGCACAGACCCCUCUCAGUUCCCCUAUUUCUAGGCAGUGUUCCUGGUUUCCUCUUUUCCCUUUCCCCAGGCUGGCGAAUCUGUCUCCUAGCUGAUGGUUGCUGGCUGUCUUUGGGGGAAAUGGCUUUCUGGAGCAGUAAGGUGAGGAGAAAGAAUCUGCUGGGAAGAUCAGUACUUCCUUCAGCUUGUUCAGCGCUCACGAGUCCUAAAAGGUAUCUCCCGAGCCACCCUUCCCCAGCCUAUUUUAGAGCCAAUCAAGAAGGUAACAAAUAAGUGGUGAACCCAAAGAAUGUCAACAUGUUUCCUUCUCCUCCCUUUCUGGAGGUGGAGGGGGAAACCAAGGGCCACAUCGGGAAAGCAUGGAUGACCCUUCCCAUGCAUGGGCCACCAUGGUGCCUUCUGUUGUGUGCACUAUUUCAAUGGCAUGAAAAAUGGGCUGAGCUGGUUCACUGGUCUCCAGGCUGGCUCUUGACAAAAAUCUGGUCUUUGGAUGUUUUUCUGCUCAUUUUGGUGGUGGACAAGAAAACUGAGGAGAAAAGGACACAUACGCCAACUCUACCACUCAGUUACCUCACUAGGAAUUCUAUUCAGAUGAUGUGGGAGAGCAUCAAAGGGGAAAUCCAGACCCCACUUUCUCCCUUCUAGCUCCUCUUGGCCACACAAAGGAGGAUGAAAAAGGCACAGGCCCAGUGUUGAAAGAAGGUUUCUGUUUUAGAAAUGCUGUUCUCAACAGCUGCUACCAAGUCAGGACUUCCUCCCUCCACCCAAAAAACCUACAAGUGCUUAAGAUGGGUUGUCUCCUUUCAUUGGCUGCUGUAAGACCAAGUGUGUGCUAAGUCCAACUAUAUGUUUCUUUAGCUCAGGUAUACAGAAGCGUGUGCUUUCAUGGCUGGCUAUGCUGUACAUCGUGUCUGCACAGGCAGUGCUUAAUGGUUUGUUACACGUGCACACUCUGCGUGAAGAGAGGCUUUGGCGAGAUGUAUCGUAUGGAAAUACAACACACAGGAUGGUCUCACUCCACUGCUUCCUGGAGUGAUGCAUUUGUGUUUGGGCAACAAACCUUUUACAACACACCUCUCAUUUUUAUCCUCUGAACAAAUUGCUGCAAGUUCUGUACUGAACUAAAGUCAUGCUCCUUUACUAACCUUGGCUACUCACAGCCAAUACUGCAUUAUGAGCAAUUCUGCAGCUCCUGGUAUCCAAUCCAGCACCAAUCUUGAUUACCCUGGCUCGUCCAGGGACGUUUAAUAAGAUUUCUAUCCUGUUCUCCAUCCUGCUGCCCAGAAACAUUACACAAUGUACUGCUGUGUACUCCCCUCCCCUGCAGUCAUGGUCACUGUAGCCUAAACCAGCAGCGCAAGCUCCAUUUGUCUGAAGUUCCUAGGGUGCCUGCCAAUAGCUGGCAGCACAGUACAUGAAGUGAAUUUUUAAAUCACUUUUUAAAGUCCUUCUCUGGAGGAAAGUGAGAAAAGGCUUUCCCAGAGCUUCCAUGCAGGCCAAGGAAACUGCAGUCAGAAACGCCUCGUUCCUGACGUGGCAAAAGCCAGCCAGCCAGCCCUUGGGUUUCCAUUCAGCACCUGAGCUCCAUGUAAAACCUCACGCACACACCUAGGAGAGAACUAUGGCUCCAGCAGCACGUUUCAUGAGGAAAACCCUCUCACGGUGUUUCACAAAGUAAAAUGUUUAACUGGCUGUAUUGUAACACAGACAAAGCUGCACUCAACCUUCUUGGGGGGGACGUGACUAUGUGCUUGAAGUAUUGGGAGUAACACUUGGGAAGAGCUGUCAGUGUCAUAAAAAACUGAUGUUUGUUUUUGUUUUUUACCUACUUUUAUGUUUGUCAGUCUGUUUAUGGCAGUUGGGGUCAUAACAAGGAGGCAUGAAACCUCUGUCAUAAGUCAAAACCAGAAUAUAUUCCAGUCUUCAAAAAGGUUUCUCCCCACCCCUCUCUGUUCAAGGUGAUUGACCAACAACGUCAAGAACAAAGGGACACUGUGGAAAUAAAAUAUAUAUUGGUGAUAGCUUUAUCUCUGUAAUUUAACAGCAUUUUAGAUUAUUAAAAAUGAAAACAUUUUUAAGUCUAA